AGUCACAAUUUGUAUGUGGUGUGGUCAAACGGAGCGUGCGCUUGCUCUGACAGGUUCUAGCUAUAAACACGGCCAACAUCUGCUCGCCGUCGCAAAACAGAGCACGCAGCUCACAAGAAAAUGGAGCAGGUGGCCGGCCAAGGAGCGCAGCCCGCCAAGAAGCCGGCCGUGGAGGUGACGCUCCGGCGGUUCGGCCUCGACGACGUGGACGCCAUGAUGGCGUGGGCGUCGGACCCGCAGGUGGCCGCCCCAUGCCGCUGGGAGCCCUACGAGUCCACGGAGCCCCUGCUCGCCUUCAUCCGCGACGUCGUGCUCCCGCACCCCUGGUUCCGGGCCAUCUGCCUCGCCGGCGGCGGCGACCGCCCCGUCGGCGCGAUCUCCGUGUCGCCGACGGACGACGGCGCCUGCCGCGCGGAGCUCGGGUACGUGCUGGCGCGCGCGCACUGGGGCAAGGGCGUGGCCACGGCGGCCGUGCGGCGGGCGGUGGCCGCGGUGUUCGGCGAGGUGGAGGGGCUGCAGCGCGUGGAGGCGCUGGUGGACGUGGCCAACGUGGCGUCGCAGCGGGUGCUGGAGAAGGCCGGGUUCCGGCGGGAGGCCGUGCUGCGGCGGUACUGCGUGCUCAAGGGCGCCGUCAAGGACAUGAUCAUCUACAGCUUCAUCUCCACUGACACUCUGCUGCUCGACUGAUUGGUGUGCCCGUGUGAGUGUGAUGCCGCUUGAUGUAUGUCCAUGCGAAGAAAGAAAAAUCGGAAAUUCUAAUGAGAAGCGAAGAAAGAAAAAUGGGAAAUUCUAAUGAAAA